AUGAGCCGGAAUCCCUCUGUUAGGUCAAUGAAUGAUUCUUCGCACAUUGAAUCUCGCGGGGCUUAUUCAGCGCAAUCUACAUCCAAUGCGAGAAACACCCCUCCCAAUCCCGGGCUUACCAACAUAGAAGAUGAAGAGCGCAACGGCCUUGAGAUCGCCGCCGCAGCGCUGGGUCAACCCCGAAGGAUAGGCGAAGUGCCUUUCUAUGCCGGUGACCAAACCGGACCCACAUCAACGCUCAACAUUUGCUCGCCAGAUCAAUCAUUACCGAAGCACUUUCUUCUCCCGGCGAACAUAACCCAGCUAUCGGAAGACGACCGAGAAUUUCUCCAAAAGAAAGGGGUCUACAGCCUCCCGAAAAGUGAGACAUGCAAUGGCCUGAUUGCGGCAUACCUUCUGCAUGUGCACCCCAUUAUGCCAGUCAUUGAGGCAGAUGAUCUUCUGAUUCAUUACCAAGAGGGCAAACUUCAGCAGUACAAUAUUUUGCUCUUAUGGAGCAUAUUUUUUGUCGCGGUUAAUUUCGUCUCGAGCGAAGUUUUUGAAGGUGAGGGAUAUAGAUCAAGGAGGGAAAUGAAAUAUGAGAUGUACUCUCGCGCCAAGGCAAGCAGCUCAUUUUCGCCUCUUUCUGGCCAUUCGGGUCAUGACAGAAAUGGCAACGAGAGGAACAAAGUUGUUCUCUUGCAAUCAUCCCUCCUACUGGGAUUCUAUCACUCCGAGAUAGACGAACAUGGGCAACCGUGGUACUGGACAGGCAUCGCAAUAAGCUUCUGUCAGAUUCUCGGACUGCAUCGUAAUCCCGACUUUUCAAAGCCCAACCCAUCCAUAACUGAACGGCAGAGGUCCUUUUGGCGUCGCCUUUGGUGGAGCUGUUUCUUUCGAGAUCGCUGGCUUAGCCUCACCAUGGGAAGGCCUUUGCGAAUUAACCUUGAUGAUUGUGACACCCCCUUUCCUUCUCCAGAGGACCUGCUUUAUGACAUAGUUGGCUUGCAAGUGUCUAUUGUUACUUCCUACCUACCUAGUGACACGGGAAGAUUGGCCAAAUAUUGGGUGAUGCUGAUUUCAUUGAGUCGACAAUUGGGAAAUGUCCUGGCUAUGAAUUACCGGACCGUUCGGCCCAGGUUAUCCAUUCAUGAAGUUGAAGCUCUUGAGAAGCAGUUACUGCAGUGUGACCUUCCGGACCAAUACGAAGCGGGUCUGACCAGGGCAUCGAGAUUCCACUCAAAUCACGUCCAUUUGCAUUACCAGGCGUUGCUUAUUACCUUUUAUCGUCCUUUUGGCACAGAAUUUCCCAUCGAUCUUACCCCUGCCGAAAAGGAACUUUGGCAACACCGGAUGAGGUCAAGGGCCGACACUGCCGCCUCUCGAACUAAUAAGAUCUUGGAGGCGCUCGUCCAAGAAAAGCUCCUUGACUUUGCAGGGCCAAUGACACCACCCCUUCUUGUUCCCGCCAUGCAAACGCACUUGCUCCAAUGCAAGUCCGGCGACUCUCUUUCCAAGCGAAUCAGGCUUAACAAGCUCGAAAUGUGCAUGCUCGUCAUGGAAGAGUUUCAGAAAACCUAUACAGUCGCCUCUCUCUACCGUGGCAUCUUCGUCAAAGCUAUUGAACAGAUUUUCCCCGGAUACUCGGCCCCUACGACGAUAUCUAACUCGACGGCCGAUCCCGCAGUUGUCCCCGAAACUGAUAUGCGACCGGAAAGUUUCCAUAUGGCCCCCGAAAACCCAGAUCAGAUCGCGCAGUUUGAAGGCACGGAUUUCGGUAGUAUGGAUGGGGAUGAUAUGAUGAAUGCUUUGAUGGACGAAGCUUCGAUUUUCAGUUUUUGGGAGAACUGGAACCAGAAUUAG